UAGAGAAGGAGAAAAAAAUUCGUUUUCAUCUGCGCAAGUAUAUUCACGUGUAGCGCGCAAACUUUGAGGAGAGAUGGAUGUUGAGAUAGACCACUAAAACACGCACCACAAGACAGGCAGGACUUAAAGUGGGCGUCACUACCUCAUUACAUGACAACGUAGCUGAACUCCAAGCUAGCGUUGGGUUUUUCUUUUUUUUUUCUAAAAAAAAAAUCUAGUACGCGCAUUCCUUGUCAUCGGUUCGAGUAUAUUCCAGGCAAUAGUCAGGACCCUUCAUACGCAAAAAGGGUGAGUGGCUCUCGCGUGUCUUAAGCAUAACCCGUGAGAGUUUCAAUAAGUGCGCAGGAGUAGAGCGUGUAUACAUCUUUACAAAGGGCCUUAGAGUAGGCUACUUUAGCCACGAAGAUACCCGUACACGUCAGCCUCUUAGGGGCAUCUUCAUGUGAAAUUUUCUGCCAGACAAGUGGAAUAAGUUCUUUGAAAGGAGGAGAAGGAGAAAAAAAAACAUUAAACGGAACAAAAACUUGAAUUGAUGUACGUGGCUUGAAGCUGGUCGGUGUGUAUCUUGGGGCACUUCAGAAACAAGUUGCAAUUCUGCUACACCGUGAUUCGGGCUGACUGGAGAUUGAAUUGGGCGUGAUUGCCAUUUGUCACACGAUACUCAAGAUCUUGACACAUCAAUAACAAAACUGAUGAUCGAUCAUCAAACAUCUUCGAUCGAUUCUGUUCCAACAAAUUUUGUUUGAUUUACCUGAAAUAAAAUGGGAUUAUAAUCGAACUCUCGGAGAUUGCAUUGAUUAAUAUCUACGCGAGGUAUUCGCCUAAUUAAUUACACUAAUUGCUCGCUGAUUGCCUGAGAUAGAGCCAUGUAUUCCACCCAUCCUUACUCCACCCCGUUUUCCGUGAAAGACAUCCUCAGCUGGUCGGAGCAACAGGGCGCCAUGGACUACGCCGGGGGGCUCAGCUACCUGCAGCCCCCGGGGUACCACUACGAGACCAGCCCCCGCCCCUACGACCAGCACACGUCGAUACCCAGCAACCCGGCCUGCCUGUACGGCAACAGCAACGGCACGCCCACCUACACCAACCUGUCCUACCCCGUCUCCACCCACUCCUCCAACAUGAUGAUGGGCGGGUCCGCAGCUCAUCUGGGCGGGUCAGCGGCCCACCUGGGCGGGUCGGCCCACCUGGGCGGCCUCCACAACUGCAUGAAAUCCUCGGACUAUGACGUCAACGUCAUGUCGCUACAGAUGAAGCAGGACUACGAGGGCCUGGUCUCUGACAACAUGCCCCUGCCAAUCAAACAAGAGUACGAGAGUCACGUGGCUGACCUGGCCAGCCCCAGCUCCGGCAUGAGCGACCAGGUGUGUAUGGAUGACGACAGCUCGGAUAAAGGAAAACUAAGUUGCACCCAGCUGUCGCCACUUCAGCCCGCCUCCAGCCACCACCGCCACCUCCAGCUGUCCCAGCACCAACAACAACAGGGCACCUGCUCCUCCCCUCAAGGCCCGUCCCAGCAAGGCCACGCGCCUCACAAGCCCACCUCCCAACCCCAGUACUCCAACACCCCCUCUUUCCUCGACGACACCGCCGCUCAGACCUCCGCGGAAAAAGACAAAUCCAAAACAUCUUCGACGUCAUCGUCGACGUCAUCCUCCUCGACUUCCGGUUCAUCCAACAACGACGCUUCCGGCGGGGACUGCACCCUGCUGAAACAGAGACAGAAGCGAAAACCCCGGGUUCUGUUCUCGCAAGCUCAGGUGUACGAGCUGGAACGGAGGUUCAAGCAGCAGAGGUACCUGUCUGCGCCUGAGAGGGAGCAGAUGGCGGUGCUCUUGAAGCUCACAUCCACGCAGAUUAAAAUCUGGUUCCAGAACAGGCGCUAUAAAUGCAAACGUCAGCGUCAAGACAAGUCUUUAGAGCUGCAAGCCAUGCAGCCGCCUAGACGCGUCGCGGUGCCAGUUCUAGUACGGGACGGAAAGCCCUGCAUGGGGCCGCCCCAGACGCCCUACUCGGCGCCCUACAACGUCAACCCUUUCGCCUACAACUCAGCCCAAGCGGCGUACUGCUCAAACGGAAAUGUCAGCUCCCACGUGCCGCAGCCAGGGCAGAUGCAGCAACAGAGCUACAUGCAGCAGCAGCUACACCCUGGCAUACGGGCAUGGUAGUGUAGCACACUGGGGCUACAUGGUAGCCAGACUUUAUAUCGAAGCACUUCGGGAUUUCAAAAUGAUCACAAAAUUUUACACUUGCUGUGACUCUAGGCUAAACCAAAGUGAUAGGGAUGGGACGCCAAGACACCAAAGUUCUUGAACCGAUUUUGAUAAACUAUUCGGAAAUCGAUGAGAUGAUUUCCGACCGAUUACCAUUCCUACCCUUUAAGUCGCUUUGGUUCAUUAAAAUACAUUUUGACCCGGAUGUAAUUCAGCUCUGAAGCCAUUCUGGUUUAGUCACGAGUAAAACAAAACAAAACGAAUCUAAACCGGGUUAACUUCAUUGUUAGCAAAUACACAUUCUACGCUAGCUCAGGUCAACCUCUUCGCUAGCACGUCAAGAGUUUAACGCUAGCUAAAGAUAACCUCAUCGCUAGCACCUCAAGAGAUUAACGCUAGCUCAGCCUCAUCGCUAGCACCUCAAGUGUUUAACGCUAGCUCAAGUUAACCCUCAUCGCUAGCAUCUCAAGAGUUUAACGCUAGCUCAAGUUAACCUCAUCGCUAGCACCUCAAGUUUAAUGCUAG